AUGCAGCGUGUACCGGUGUAUGCACCUGAUCAAGGCACCUCCGACACGGUGACUCCCGAUGAACCACCAGACUCUGGCUUUCAUUCAUUAACCUUCGGGAAUGCCUACUACUCGAGUGCCGCGUCAGGGAGUGCUUUCCACACUACGUCGGUCAACAGUGGAUACAUUGAUGAUCGAAAAUACCUUGGUGGUAUGUCGGUGACCGAUUCAGUGGCUGGAACUAGUGGCACAAUUGGACGUCAAAUGCAUCAUCUCCAGCCGGCAUCAACUUCCACUGAAACUGAUGAUAAUGGACACUAUGUGGAUUCUUACUUUGUGGAUCGACCUGGUGAAGAUGUCGUAAUCGAAUCAAUGGACGCUCAUCAUCAUCAUGACCAUGAACAACCUAACAAGACCUUAUUUGAACUUGAAGAAGAGAGAAGGGUACGACAUGCUGAAAAUUCAAGACUACGGUAUCAUCGAAUGUCCGAAGAACAACGGAGGGCGGUAAAUCAGCGAAGGGCCGAGCGCAUCAAAAAACAAAGACAGAGAGAGCGAGAAAUGGUGGAAUUGGAAAACAUUCUGAAAAGCUCCCAUGACAUAGACGAAGAGCCUGAAGUACAAGAAAUACUGAGACAGAGAAGAAUUAAACAAAGGCGAGCUGAUGCUGCGAGAAGUCGAUAUCAUCGAAUGACUGAAGACCAGCGACGGGAAUACAAUAUGAGACGGCGUAUGCGGCAACUUGGACUUGAUCCGGAUUGUCCGGUAAUUGAUGACGAUAAAGUUCGAACGAAAAUUCAAGAGAUGAAUAGGAAAAAGGCCGAAGCCGCCAGAGCUAGAUAUCAUGCAAUGAGUGAGAAUGAUCGACGGGAGUACAAUGCCAGGAGAACGGCUGCUUUCAGAAAAAGGCGAUACGAAGAAGAAGUGCUGCUAAGCACCCCAGCAGGAAAAAUCUCGGCGGCUGCUUUGGAAAGAGCGCAAAAAAUCAUGAUUCGAAAUGCCAAGAAAGCUGAAUCAGCACGGCUUCGCUAUCAACGAAUGUCGCAAGAUGAAAGAAGAGAGUACAAUCAGCGGCGGGCUAUCGCCAAAAAACAAAGAGAUCCACGCAGUCGAUCGAUUGGCAGAGAUACAUCGCUUCCAUUAGUGAGUAGUGAAUUGUCGCUGUCUGACGGAGCAAUAUCGCCAGGUGGCAUUGAUCCGGUCACCGUCGAGUCUAUUCCGACAGAAACGGCGAACAAGUCCUCGUCGUUACUCACCGAUGAUUCGGUCACUGUCGACAUGGAAACCAUCAACGAGGCCCAUCGCCAAAUCGAUCAUAAAACCAAACAAGCCCAAGCCCUCUUACAAGGUCGGACGAGAGAUGAUUUGUCAAUGAAUAUAACACAAACGGAAAAAUACCUGGUAAAUCCAAACGAACUAGUUGUGGUAUAUGUGACGACUGAACAAGUAGUUGAUGCUUCAGGAAAAGAGACUAUCUAUCUACAACCGGCUGCUGGACAAAAAAUAAAUGAUAAGCAAUUGCAAAUGAUGCUUUCUACGGGUAGAGAUGAACGAGGCCGAACCGUUGAAAUUCGAACAAUUGAUGGAAAUGUCCUUACCCCUCAUCUCAGAGCGGACGAAUCGGGCCAGCCACAAAUCACUCUGGAGCCCAUUCCGAAGGGCUAUCUUCAGAUUGAUCCCUAUGGAGAGUUGGUUGUCGAAGACAGUGGAAGAGGGACGGAUGUGAUGAGUCAACAGCACAAAGCGGAAGUCGCUAGAAAAAGAAGAGCCGAGAAGGCCCGCUUACGCUACCAUUCUAUGACACCAACAGAAAAAGCGGAUUUCAAUUCAAAAAGAGCAGAGGGUUUGCGAAAAGCUAGAAGAAGAGAUGAAGAGUUAGUCCAAUUGGCAGAACAUACGCCUCUGACGUCCCUGGAUGAUGAGACUAAAAGAGCUGUACUUGAUGCACAAAGGCGUCGUCAAAGAAGAGCUAUGUUAGCUAGAGAAAAGUACCAUCGGAUGAAUAGUGAAGAACGACGCCAAUAUAAUGCUAUGAGGGAUGCACAACGGCGUCAGAGAAAGCGAGAAUUAGAAAACCGAAUGAUCGGCCAAAAGGUUGACGGCUCGAGUGGAGAUGCUGCACAAGAUGGUGGCGAAACUUCGCAGGAUAACACGCACGUUGAUGUUGAUGACUCAAAUGAGCCGAGGGUUUCAAAUCAACAAAUGGCGUAUGCUUCCUACGAGAUGUCUUUCCAAGAUGAUCCAUAU